AUGUCGAACUUAGCUGCCCACUUGACUGAUUCGUAUAGCGUCUUUAAGAUGAGAUUUCUAAACGAAGUUAGUAGUUGGACUUUGUUCUCCAAAACUGUAUUUGGGGAACAAAGUUUUCCUACUCAUCUCGAGGAUAUUGGAAAGAAAAUUGUCGAAAAGUGUAAUGGACUUCCUUUGUCUAUUGCUGUUGUAGGAGGUCUAAUGGCUAAAUCAGAAGUUACACUAGAAUAUUGGGAGCACAUAGAGGAAAACUUAAGCUCAAUAGUGAAUGCGGAGAAUGAUGAUUAUUGUUUGAGAAUAUUGAAACUGAGCUAUAAUCACUUACCUGCCUAUCUAAAGCCUUGUUUUUUGUAUUUCGGAGUGUUUGAGGAAGACCGUGUAACUGAUGGUUCAAUAAUCAUCCGACUAUGGGUUUCUGAAGGAUUUCUUAAAUCAAUAGACAACAAAAGCUUGACAACAGUUGCCGAACAAUACUUGAAAGAACUAGUGGAUAGAAAUCUCAUUCUAGUUCAUCAGUCGGGGAUACUCGGGCAUGUAAAAUCCUAUAAAAUUCAUGAUUUACUUAGAGAUCUAUCUGUGAAAGAAGCUGAAAAACAGAGGUUCUUUUAUGUGUUGAGGGAUCAAAUUCCUAAAGGACUAAUUAGCCAACAACGUAUUGUUAUUCAUGGAAGCACUUCAAAGGAAAAAAUCAAGGAUGCCUUGGAAUAUAUGCCCCAUGCUCGUUCUUAUCUAGUAUUUGGUGAUCCAAUUGUUGGCCAAUUCCCAAAUUCUAGAUUUAUGAGGAUAUCGCAUAUGUGUGGUUGGCUAAGUGAAGAAGAGCAUUCACAGUUAAAUGUGUUUGAGUUGAUGAACUCACGAUACCAUAGGUUUGCAAUUAAUAAGAAGUUUGAAAUUCCUUCUUCCGUCAAUCUGCUUUGGGAUCUAGAUACACUAAUUAUAAGUGGUGUGAAAGAGUUGAUUGCUCCAACUGAAAUAUGGAAAAUGUAUAAACUUAGGCAUCUAGAGUUUGAAUUUUCGAGAUUGCAUCUCCCAGAUCCUCCGAGCGCGGACGAUGAUAUUAUUAUGAUGGAGAAUCUUGAAGUGCUGAAAGGCGUGACAAAUUUGAAUGUAAGUGAAGAUAUUGUAAAAAGAAUUCCCAAUAUCAAGGAAUUGGAUAUGAUGCUAAUUGAUAGAGUGAACUAUCUGAGCUGUCUUGAAUGUCUUAGUAAAUUGGAAUCCUUGGCGUUGUGGGUCUACUCUACUGAUAUUGGAAAGUAUGUGCUUCAGAUCAACUUCCCAGCCUCCCUUAAAAAGUUGAUUCUCCUGCUACCAAGUGAUUCAGAGUGGGAGGACAUACUGCAAAAGAUAGGCUCAUUACCAGUUCUUGAGAUGCUCGUAUUAAGUGGAGGUCGUUUCAGAACACGUGGGUGGGAAACAAUUGAAGACCAAUUCCAGAGUCUCAGGUCACUAACAUUGUCUGAUUGUGGUAAUCUAGAAAACUGGACAAUGGAAGACAGCUCCCACUUUCCACUUCUUAUAGAUCUCUGUCUUUCUGGGUUAUAUGAAUUGAAGGAGAUUCCAUCAGAAAUUGGAGAAAUACCAACACUCAGGUCAAUUCAGCUGUACUUUUGCAAUGAAUCUGUGGUGUUGUCAGCUAAACAGAUAGUAGACGAACAAGAGGAUUUACAUGGAAACCAAUUACACCUUUUUGUUCAAUGUGAGCGUUACAGUUGUGGAGAAACAUAA